AUUAAAAGUUGUUUUGUUCUGGUAAGAAAAAGAUUGGAACAUCGGCGAACCCUUCUCUCUCCCCCUCUCCGACUCUCAAUCCUCUUCGCAGCUAUAGACUUGUCGCCUCUUCCUGCGUCCGGCUCCAGUCUCCGUCGUCUCCCCUACGAUUCGCCUCUCCGGGUGGUGGUCGGAUCCGCCAGUGUUGGCCACUGGAUCAGAUUUCUCUUGCCGCAGCUGGUGUCUGGCCUUCACAAGGAGGCGGCGAGAGCAGAAAGCUCGCCUUCCGGCCAGAGUGGGCUGACAGAGCGACCUUAUCUUGGUGGCGCAGUGGUCAUUCCCCAGGGGGAGUGGGAAUGAAACCCACGAUUGAAACUUUAUUUUGAGGUCGGUAGAUGGAGGUGAAGACGUCACCUCCUCGCAAGACGUCGUCUCGAAUAGCAUUUCCCUUGGCGGUUCUUAUUUCGGUACUCUCUCUCGAGAUAAUUUUACUUCUGGUGAGUUUUGGAGGAACUGGUGCAGAAUCUCAAGAUAAGUAUUCAUUUAUUCGGCAAAAUUUGGAAGCUGGGGAGGGAGAUGUUUAUCUCACUCACUCAUGCAUCCAUGAUGAGAUACUCCACCAGAGGCGGCGCCCUGGCAGAAAAGAGUACUCGGUCACUCCACAAGUAUACUACGAACAUAGUUCCUCUGGAUCACAACAAGGUGGUAGAAGAGCUUUGCUUCAGGUGUCUACUACACCUCCACUUCAAAAGGAUUCGAAGAAGCCUAUCCGGAUAUAUCUAAAUUAUGAUGCUGUUGGCCAUUCUCAUGAUAGGGAUUGUCUAAACAUUGGAGAUCUUGUGAAGCUUGGUGAACCUUCUGCAACAUCAAUUCCAAGAACUCCCGUGUGCACUCCCAACGGAGACAGGCCAGUGUUUGCAGAUUGUUGGUAUAACUGUACACUGGAAGAUAUUCCAGGGGAAGAUAAGAAGCAACGUCUUAGGAAGGCACUAGGCCAAACUGCAGAGUGGUUCAGAAGUGCUCUAGCAGUUGAACCUGUUAAGGGGAACUUGCGAUUAAGUGGAUAUUCUGCAUGUGGUCAGGAUGGUGGUGUGCAACUCCCCCAUGAAUAUGUUGAAGAUGGUGUUGCUGACACGGACCUAGUCCUCUUGGUAACAACUAGACCCACAACUGGCAAUACUCUUGCAUGGGCAGUGGCAUGUGAGCGAGAUCAAUGGGGUCGUGCUAUUGCUGGUCAUGUGAAUGUUGCUCCUCGCCAUUUAACAGCUGAAGCUGAGACGUUGCUUUCUGCCACAUUGAUACAUGAGGUCAUGCAUGUUUUAGGUUUCGAUCCUCAUGCCUUUGCACACUUCCAUGAUGAGAGAAAGAGAAGGCGUAGCCAGGUCACUGUGCAAGUUAUGGAUGAGAAGCUUGGCCGUAUGGUCACACGUGUUGUCCUACCCCGAGUUGUUAUGCAUGCAAGAUACCAUUAUGGGGCAUUUUCUGAGAAUUUUACUGGCUUAGAGUUGGAAGAUGGAGGUGGCCGUGGUACAUCAGGUUCUCACUGGGAGAAAAGACUUUUAAUGAAUGAAAUUAUGACAGGAUCUGUGGAUACAAGAUCUGUGGUUUCAGAAAUGACCUUAGCUUUAUUAGAGGAUAGUGGCUGGUACCAGGCUAAUUAUAGCAUGGCUGAGCACCUUGAUUGGGGUAGGAGUCAAGGAACUAUGUUUGUUACAUUUCCUUGCAAUCAUUGGAAGGGGGCAUAUCGUUGCAACACUACUCAGUUGUCAGGCUGUACAUACAACAGGGAGGCUGAAGGAUAUUGUCCUAUCGUAAGCUAUAAUGGGGAUUUGCCUAAAUGGGCUCAAUAUUUCCCACAAGCUAAUAAAGGUGGACAAUCCUCAUUGGCAGACUAUUGCACAUAUUUUGUUGCCUAUUCUGAUGGUUCUUGCACAGACACUAGUAGUGCACGUGCACCGGAUAGAAUGUUAGGUGAGGUUCGAGGAAGUAACUCAAGGUGCAUGGCUUCAUCAUUGGUACGAAAGGGCUUUGUUAGGGGAUCUAUGACCCAGGGAAACGGCUGUUACCAACAUAGGUGUGUGAAUCGUACACUAGAGGUUGCUGUGGAUGGUAUUUGGAAGGCUUGCCCUGAAGCUGGCGGUCCUGUUCAGUUCCAAGGAUUCAGCGGUGAGCUAAUUUGUCCAUCGUAUCACGAGUUGUGCAGCAGUGUGUCUGUGUCAGUAAACGGCCAGUGUCCUGACCGCUGUAGUUUUAAUGGUGAUUGCGUUAAUGGGCAGUGUCACUGCUUUCUUGGUUUUUAUGGUUCCAAUUGCAGUGAAAGAUCAUGUCCAGCAAACUGUAGUGGACACGGUACUUGCCAUCCAAAUGGAUUCUGUGACUGUGAAAAUGGUUGGACUGGCAUCGAUUGUUCUACUGCCAUAUGCGAUGAGCACUGCAGUCUGCAUGGAGGAGUAUGCGACAAUGGCGUGUGUGAGUUUCGCUGCUCUGAUUAUGCUGGCUACACUUGCCAGAAUAGCUCAUCAUUGCUGCCUAGCCUUUCUCUAUGUGGAGAUGUUCUAGUUCGGGAUGUAUUUGGACAACAUUGUGCACCGAGUGAGCCAAGCAUAUUGCAGCAGCUUGAAGCAGCUGUGGUAGUUCCAAAUUACAACCGCUUGAUGCCUGGCGGCCGCUCACUCUUUAGCAUCUUCGACAACAGCUACUGUUCCACGGCAGCCAAACGGCUUGCUUGCUGGAUUUCAAUCCAACGUUGCGAUAAGGACGGAGACAACAGACUUCGGGUGUGCUACUCAGCAUGCCAAUCUUACAAUGGGGCCUGCGGAGCGGCACUUGACUGCUCAGAUCAGACUCUAUUCAGCAGCGAGGAAGACGAGGGCCAGUGCACUGGCUUUGGCGAGACAGUACCCUGGUGGAUUCGGCGCUUUGGGAAUCUCUACGCUCAGAGAUGAAUGAAACUGUAAAGGUCUAGCGUUCCGUGUUUGUCGUUUCUUUCUUUCUUUCUUUCUUUUGUAGUUUCCAUUUUAUGAUCCAUCGUUGCCCAUAUUUUGUUUGGCGAGGGUUAAUCAAUUAGGACUGCCAUUUCACCCAAACAAAAUGGACCUAAUUAAGGUUCCAGGGUGUUGAUGAUAGUUAACUUUGUCGGUUUAAAACAAAACUUACUAGGAGGGCUUGUUCUAAGAAUUAAGCCCUAAUCCCAUUGGAGAUGUUUAAUGAUCGAGUUAACAUGAGAGGGGAAGGUGGGAGAAAAACUCAUAAUUGUAUUUAUUGUGCCCCUGUUUCUAAUUUAUGAUCCAUUGGAAAUGAUUUGCUCGUU